ACAACAUUUUCUUGUGUUUGUCCAAUAAGAAGCCACCUCAAAUUUUCAACAAAAAAAGGUAAAGUCAGCAAUUGAGGAAGAACUUUCACUUUCACAAGUCUUCGCGGUUCGCUAUUCCAAGUCUUCUCUCAUCUUUGGAAUUUUUUGCCUUUCCUUCUUUGACCCGUUCCAUUUUCCCAUUUCCUUCUUCAAACCAAACCUAUCAAAAUUUCAUCUUAAUCUCUCUCAGGGUGUGUUCUUUGUGGAGUUUAUAGUUUGUGAUGUGGUGUGGCUAUGUGGAUUGAAUUGGAUACUAAUGAAUGAGGUUUCUUGAUUACUACUUUUUGAUUUGUGUUUAGGAUUUUGGUGAUUGAAGAUGGUUCUUGUUCUAAGUAGCUGGAUUUUCAGUGUUCAUGUUUUUGUUAGUUUCUUGUUGCUGAUUAGUUGUGGAAUAAUCUAUGGGACUGAAACUGAUAUCUUGUGCUUGAAAAAUAUAAAAAAUUCCAUUCAAGACCCGAAUAAUUAUUUGACAUCUUCGUGGAAUUUCAACAAUAAUACUGAAGGGUAUAUUUGUAGAUUUAAUGGUGUUGAAUGUUGGCAUCCUGAUGAGAAUAAAGUCUUGAAUCUCAAAUUGUCAAAUAUGGGACUUAAGGGUCAGUUUCCACGAGGCAUUAUUAAUUGUUCGAGCUUAACUGGAUUAGAUCUUUCGGUCAAUGAUCUCUCUGGAUCAAUUCCAGAUGAUAUAUCUUCGCUUCUAAAAUAUGUGACAUCGCUUGAUCUUUCUUCGAACGCAUUUUCUGAGGAGAUACCUGAUAACCUUGCAAAUUGUACUUAUCUGAAUAGCAUUAAACUUAAUCAGAACCAACUCACCGGUCAAAUUCCUCUACGGUUAGGCACUCUCACACGUAUUAAGACGUUCGAUGUAUCCGACAAUCUUUUGACCGGACAAAUUCCAAACUUCACUGAUGGUACAGUUAGUGUAAAUUAUGCAAAUAAUCCAGGUCUUUGUGGAGGUUCAUUGGGGGUUUGCAAGCCCAAUGGUUCCUCGAAGAGUAACACCGCGGUUAUAGCUGGAGCAGCUGUUGGUGCAGUGACUCUUGCAGCGUUAGGAUUGGGUGUUGUAAUGUUCUUCUUUGUACGCCGUGGUGCUUAUAGGAAGAAGGAAGAAGAUCCUGAAGGAAACAAAUGGGCAAGAAGUCUUAAAGGAACUAAGGCAAUUAAGGUAUCUCUAUUUGAGAAAUCAGUUUCAAAAAUGAAAUUGAGUGAUCUCAUGAAGGCUACUAACAACUUCAGUAAUAGCAAUAUCAUUGGGACAGGAAGAACAGGAACUGUUUACAAAGCUACUCUUGAGGACGGAACAGCAUUUAUGGUGAAAAGAUUGCAGGAAUCUCAACACUCUGAGAAAGAAUUUAUGUCUGAGAUGGAGACACUAGGGAGUGUAAAACAUCGUAAUCUGGUUCCUCUUUUAGGUUUUUGCGUGGCCAAAAAGGAGAGGCUUUUGGUCUUUAAGAACAUGCCAAAUGGAAUGCUCAAUGAUCACCUACACCCUGCUGAUGGUGUGUGCACCCUCGACUGGCCUUCAAGACUCAAAAUCGCAAUAGGAGCGGCCAAAGGAUUUGCAUGGCUUCAUCAUAGCUGCAAUCCCCGUAUCAUUCACCGAAACAUAAGCUCUAAGUGCAUCUUGUUAGACGAAGAUUUCGAACCCAAAAUUUCCGAUUUUGGCCUUGCCAGAUUGAUGAAUCCCCUCGAUACACAUUUAAGUACUUUUGUAAAUGGUGAAUUUGGUGAAUUUGGUUAUGUGGCUCCUGAGUAUACAAAAACACUGGUCGCUACGCCUAAGGGCGAUGUUUUCAGUUUUGGGACCGUGCUUCUUGAGUUGGUGACGGGCGAAAGACCGGCAAAUGUGUCUAGAGCACCGGAAACUUUCAAAGGAAAUCUUGCAGAAUGGAUUGCUGAGCUCACAAGCAACUCGGAACUCCACAAUGCUAUUGACGAAUCACUAGUUAACAAGGGUGAUGAUAACGAGCUUUUCCAAUUUUUAAAGGUUGCAUGCAACUGUGUUACACCAAAUCCAAAGGAGAGGCCAACCAUGUUUGAAGUAUAUCAGUUUUUAAGAGCUAUUGGCAGUAAGUACAAUUUCACAACCGAGGAUGAAAUAUUGGUACCUGAAGAUAUCAGUGCUAAUAACAUGGAUGAACUUAUUGUUGCUAGCGAAGGAAAAUAAUUGAAAAAGGUAUGCAAGAUAUAUAAUAGGGGUAUGUGUAUUCACAGUUUCUAUAUGUAAUUAUCUAUUUCUUACUUUGUUGUUCUAAAAUAAAUGUUAGUUUUUUAUUUAGUUUUUUGAGGAUCUAGAUCCAGUAGUGUGCUAUUGAUAUUGAAAUGUCAAUAUAAAAUCAUCAAUCAUGGAUUUAUAUAUAGUUGAGUUAUUUUUCUAUCUGUA